AUGGCACGCGCCGAUAACACUGGUUCUAGUCGAAGUAUUCGAAGCGCAAAGCAAAAGGCAAUGGAAAAUGCAGUCUGGAUGACUACAAAAUCACAGCGGCAGCGUCCCACUGGAGGGAAGCUCACUCAAGCUCCUGUGCAACGCAAAACCCAUGUGUCUACCGGUGCCACCAAGCGUCUGUUGAAAGAUUAUAGAUAA